AUGGCACAUACAGGUGGAGAUUCAUUUGUCAAGGACUCAGUGAUUACUGAUGAUGAUGAACCAAUGAUUGUUGGUGAUGAUCGACGAGUUAUGGUUGAUAAUAAUGACCAAACAAUCAUUCGAAGCAAAAAUAAAGUACUUAUUCCUAUAAACAAUGAAUCUGUUCUUGUUGUUAAGCAUUAUGCUUUUCUUAAACGUAAUGAUAAAAAUCAGUACAAAGAUAUAUUUGCUCGAGAAGCAUCGAUUAUCAACCAAUCUUAUCCAAGAAAGUUUUUCUUAUCGGAUAAAUGUAAAUUCGAUGUAAUCAAAACAAAUAAAGGUCUUGAAGCUGUUAAUAUCCAAAUAACAGAGAGAAAUAUCAAGAGUAUUUCUCAAUUGCCAAAAAUUCCUAGAAAAAAAGAAAAUAAUGAACAACAAAUGGAAAUAUUGAAAGAUAUUUUGAAAUCAACAAUGUAUGAUUUAAUUAAUUUUUUAUUUGGCUUAAAUUAA